ACCUUCUCUGCCUCAGAGUACAGUCUGAAAACGUAGGCGCUUUUGGAAAGGGUUGGGAGCUUAAAAUAUGGCUCCGUGAUUUUCAACACAAAGACCACAAACAGCGCUAGAGCACAAGAAGUAUUUAAAAUAUAUCACCCCCAGAAGUUGGAGGGCUACAAAGUACAAGUCAGGUCGUCCAGGCCGGUCUGCAGGGACUGUUCGUGUUUCCUUCCUGCAACACCCGAGCAGGCAACACGUCGCGACGCCGCCGUUCAGCUGCAGCAGAGGGAGAGCAUCACCUGCAGUUCCAGGCGUGGGAAUCGCUGCCGGAGGGGGCUUGAAAGGCAGCCAGAGAGGGGCGCGCAGCGGGGCCGGGGGCCGCUCCGGUGCUGGGCUGGAGAAACGCCUGCGGUCUGCGGAGCCCGGAGACGCGGCGGGGCAGAGGCGCAGACGCUGCGCGGGAGGGACCGCAGCUGGGCAGGUGAGCCGGCUCCAGCUUCCCGGCUCGCCGCCGCUACUGUCCCGGAGGCGGACCCCGCCGGAGAAUCCCUUCCCAGCCUCCCGGUUGGGGCGAGGCGGGGCGCUGACGUCACCUCCCCUCCCCCCAGCUCUCCCAAGAGGGAGGGAGUGGGGAAAGAGGCAGUGAUCCGCCGCAGCUCCCGGCCGCAACUCUCAAACUCGGCGGUUUGCUGCCUGGACAAGUCCGGACAAACUUGGCUUCUCUUCGGCCCUCUUUCUAGCCCUCGCGCACUCUCCGCUCGCCUCGUUUCGGUGCUUAAGUUUCACCCAGGACUGAAGCCUCCGGAGAUGCGGCCACCUGGGUCCGGGCAGCGCGGGUGGAACGCACUCUUGUCGGGGACAUGCUGAGGAUCCGUGGGAGGCAAAGUUGGUACUUCAGAAACGGCUUGUAACAAAUAUCCAAAUCGCUUGGGGGAUUACGGAGCCGCCGAAGACUUUAAAGCAGAGCACCGAGGACUCGGCUGGACUGGCUCCCGAGAGCGGCGCCAUGGGGAGGCAUGUGGCCGCGCUUCUGCUCCUCCUCCUCCAGCACCUUGCGGACGGCCACGGCGGCCAGGCCCCGCGGUUCACGCAGUCCCACUACAACGUCACCGUGCGCGAAAACUCCGCAGCCAAGACCUACGUCGGGCACCCUGUGAAGAUGGGCGUCUACCUUACAGACCCCUCGUGGGAAUUAAGGUACAAGAUUGUCUCAGGAGACAAUGAAAACCUGUUCAAAGCGGAAGAGUACCUUCUCGGAGACUUUUGCUUCCUAAGGAUACGGACCAAAGGAGGAAAUACAGCUAUUCUCAAUAGAGAGGUGAGAGACCACUACACGCUGGUCGUCAAAGCCCUCGAAAAGCACACUAAUGCCGAAGCUCGGACGGUGGUCAGCGUGCAGGUGCUGGAUACAAAUGACUUGAGACCGCUGUUCUCGCCCACCUCCUACAGCGUCUCCUUACCUGAAAACACGGCCCUGCGGACCAGCAUCGCGAGAGUCAGUGCCACCGACGCCGACAUAGGGACCAACGGAGAGUUCUACUACAGCUUUAAAGACCGAACGGACAUGUUCGCCAUCCACCCCACGAGCGGCACGGUCGUGCUGACCGGGAGGCUGGACUACGCGGAGACGCGGCGCUACGAGAUGGAGAUCCUCGCCGUGGACCGCGGCCUGAAGCUGUACGGCAGCAGCGGCGUCAGCAGCAUGGCCAAGCUGACGGUGCACGUCGAGCAGGCCAACGAGUGCGCCCCUGUGAUAACCGCCGUGACGUCGUCGCCGCCGGCGGAACUGGACAAGGACCCCACCUACGCGAUCCUGACGGUGGAUGACUGUGACCAGGGUGCCGGUGGGGAAAUAGCUUCCCUAAGCAUUGUGGCAGGGGACGCCCUUCAGCAGUUCAGAACCGUGAGGUCCUCUCCGGGGAGCAAAGAGUAUAAGCUCAAGGCCGCGGGUGGCGUGGACUGGGACAGUCAUCCCUUUGGCUACAACCUGACACUGCAGGCGAAAGACAAAGGAACGCCCCCCCAGUUCUCUUCUGUGAAGGUGGUUCACGUGACCUCCCCCCAGUUCCGAGCUGGGCCGGUCAGGUUCGAGAAGGAGGUGUACAGGGCAGAGAUCAGCGAACUGGCUCCUUCCCACACGCCCGUGGUCAUGGUGAGAACCACGCCGAGUUAUUCCCAUGUGAGGUAUGUCUUCAAGAGCGCCCCUGGAAAAGCUAAGUUCAGUUUAAAUCACAACACUGGGCUCAUUUCCAUCUUGGAACCAGUGAAAAGACAGCAGGCAUCGCAGUUUGAACUCGAAGUGACCACAAGCGACAGAAGAGCCUCGACCCGGGUCCUGGUUAAAGUCUUAAGUGCUAACAGCAACGCCCCUGAAUUCACCCAGACGGCGUACAAAGCCUCUUUCGACGAGAACGUGCCCGUCGGCACGACCGUCCUGAGUGUGAGCGCCGCGGACCCGGACGAGGGUGAGAACGGGUACGUGACCUACAGCAUCGCCAACGUCAACCCCGUGCCCUUCGUCAUCAACCACUUCACCGGGGCUGUGAGCACGUCGCAGGUCUUGGACUAUGAGCUCAUGCCCCGCGUCUACACCCUGCGGGUCCGCGCGUCGGACUGGGGCCUGCCGUACCGUCGCGAGGUCGAGGUCCUCGCCACCCUGACUCUGAACAACCUGAAUGACAACACGCCCUUGUUUGAGAAGAUCAACUGCGAAGGAACCGUCCCCCGGGACCUCGGGGUGGGGGAGCAAAUAACUACCGUUUCCGCCAUUGACGCCGACGAACUUCAGCUGGUCCGCUAUCAGAUCGAGGCUGGGAAUGAACUAGAUUUGUUCAGCUUGCAUCCCAGCUCCGGGGUGUUGUCCUUAAAGCACUCGCUGAUGGACGGUGUGGGGGCCAAGGUGUCAUUCCACAGUCUGAGGAUCACGGCUACCGACGGAGAAAAUUUUGCCACCCCGUUGUACAUCAACAUGACCGUGGCCGUCACUCGCAAGCCGGUGCACUUGCAGUGCGAGGAGACGGGCGUGGCCAAAAUGCUGGCCGAGAAGCUCCUGCAGGCCAACAAGCUGCACGGCCAGGGGGAGGUGGAGGACGUUUUCUUCGACUCUCAUUCUGUCAAUGCUCACGCACCGCAGUUCAGGAGCACCCUCCCCGCCGGCAUCGAGGUGAAGGAGAACCGCCCCGUGGGUUCCGGCAUCAUCCUCGUGAAUGCCACCGACCUCGACACGGGCUUCAACGGGAAGCUGGUCUACGCGAUCUCGGGAGGAAAUGAGGAUAGUUGCUUCGUUAUCGACAUGGAUACUGGGAUGCUAAAAAUUUUGUCUCCACUUGACCGGGAGACCACAGACAAGUACACCCUGAAUAUUACAGUGUCCGACCUUGGCAUACCGCAGAAGGCCGCCUGGCAUCUCCUCACUGUCAGGGUGCUGGAUGCCAACGACAACCCCCCUGAGUUUUUACAAGAGAGCUAUUUUGUGGAGGUGAGUGAAGACAGGGAGGUAAACAGUGAGAUCAUCCAGGUGGAAGCCACAGAUAAAGACCUAGGGCCAAACGGACAGGUGACCUACUCUCUUCUCACAGACACGGAUGCGUUUUCCAUCGACAGCGUGACGGGCGUGGUCACGGUCGUGCGCCCGUUGGACCCCGAAGUCCAGCACGUGCACUACUUAAAGAUCGAGGCCAGGGACCAAGCCACAGAAGAACCUCAGUUGUUUUCCACGGUGCUUUUGAAGGUCUCGGUAGAGGAUGUUAACGACAACCCCCCUCGCUUCAUUCCACCUAACUACCGUGUGAAAGUUCGAGAGGACCUCCCGGAAGGAACCAUCAUCAUGUGGUUAGAGGCCUAUGAUCCUGACUUAGGUCAGUCCAGUCAAGUGCGAUACAGUCUCUUGGACCCAGGAGAAGGAAGCUUUGACGUGGAUAAACUCAGCGGAGCAGUGAGGAUUGUGCAGCAGCUGGACUUUGAGAAGAAGCAAGUGUAUAAUCUCACCGUGAGGGCCAAAGACAAGGGGAAGCCGGUCUCCCUGUCGUCCACGUGCUACGUGGAGGUCGAGGUGAUUGACGUGAACGAGAACUUACACGCGCCGGUGUUUCCCAGCUUUGUGGAGAGGGCCGUGGUGAAAGAAGAUGUCCCCAUCGGCUCUUCAGUGAUGACCGUGUCCGCGCACGAUGAAGACACCGGGAGAGAUGGAGAGAUCCGUUACUCCAUCAGAGACGGCUCGGGUGUUGGCGUUUUCAAAAUAGAUGAAGAGACAGGGGUCAUCGAGACUUCCGAUCGCCUGGACCGCGAGUCCGCCCCCCACUACUGGCUGACGGUCUACGCCACCGACCAGGGCGUGGUGCCUCUGUCCUCGUUCAUAGAGGUCUACGUCGAGGUGGAGGACGUCAAUGACAACGCGCCGCGGACGUCAGAGCCAGUGUAUUAUCCAGAAAUCGUGGAAAACUCUCCCAAGGACGUGUCGGUCGUCCAGAUUGAAGCGUUUGACCCGGACUCUAGCUCCAGUGACAAGCUGACGUACAAAAUCACAAGUGGAAACCCACAAGGGUUCUUCUCAAUACACCCGAAAACAGGUCUCAUCGCGACGACGUCGAGGAAACUAGAUCGAGAGCAGCAGGACGAGCACAUACUGGAAGUCACCGUGACAGACAAUGGGAGCCCCCCCAAAUCAACCAUUGCCAGAGUAAUUGUGAAAAUUCUUGAUGAAAAUGACAACAAACCCCAGUUCCUGCAGAAGUUCUACAAAAUCAGGCUCCCCGAGCGGGAAAAACCAGAACGGGAGCGAACCGCCAAGCGCGAGCCUAUUUACCGGGUCAUCGCCACGGACAAAGACGAGGGGCCCAACGCCGAGAUCUCCUACAGCAUCGAGGAGGGAAACGAGCACGGCAGGUUCUUCAUUGAGCCCAAAACCGGGCUGGUUUCAUCCAAGAAGUUUUCUGGAGCCGGAGAGUAUGACAUUCUUUCCAUUAAGGCCGUUGAUAACGGUCGCCCCCAAAAGUGGUCCACCACUCGACUCCAUAUUGAAUGGAUCUCCAAACCCAAACCACCCCCGGAGCCCGCCUCUUUCGAGGAGUCGGUUUUCACCUUUACCGUGAUGGAGAGCGAUCCGGUCGCCCACAUGAUUGGCGUGAUAUCUGUGGAGCCUCCCAGCACCCCUCUCUGGUUUGACAUCACGGGUGGCAACUACGACAGUCACUUUGAUGUGGACAAAGGCACCGGGACGAUCAUUGUUGCCAAACCUCUAGAUGCAGAACAGAAGUCAAACUAUAACCUCACGGUCGAGGCUACGGAUGGAACCAACACGAUACACACUCAGGUAUUCAUCAAAGUAAUAGACACAAAUGACCAUCGUCCUCAAUUUUCUACAUCAAAAUAUGAAGUUGUUAUUCCCGAAGAUACAGCGCCAGAAACAGAAAUUUUGCAAAUCAGUGCCGUGGAUAAGGAUGAAAAAAACAAACUCAUCUACACUCUGCAGAGUAGCAUCGAUCCACUGAGUCUCAAGAAAUUCCGUCUUGACCCUGCCACCGGCUCCCUCUACACCGCGGAAGCCCUUGACCAUGAAGCGGCUCACCAGCACGUGCUCACAGUCAUGGUGCGGGAUCAAGAUGUCCCCGUGAAGCGCAACUUCGCGAGGGUCGUUGUGAAUGUCAGCGACACCAACGACCACGCGCCCUGGUUCACGAGCUCCUCCUACGAAGGGCGGGUGUAUGAGUCGGCAGCCCUUGGCUCGGUGGUGCUGCAGGUCACCGCUCUGGACAAGGACAAAGGGAGGAAUGCCGAAGUGGUGUACUCCAUCGAGUCAGGAAAUAUUGGAAAUUCUUUUACAAUUGAUCCCAUCUUGGGCUCUGUCAAAACCGCCAAAGAAUUAGAUCGAAGUAACCAAGUGGAAUACGAUUUAAUUGUAAAAGCUACAGAUAAAGGCAGUCCACCAAUGAGUGAAAUAACUUCUGCGCGUAUCUUCGUCACAAUUGCUGACAAUGCCUCUCCUAAGUUUACAUCUAAAGAAUAUUCUGUAGAAAUCAGUGAAACCAUCGGCAUUGGGAGUUUUGUCGGCAUGGUUACAGCCCAUAGUCAGUCAUCAGUGGUAUAUGAAAUAAAAGAUGGAAACGUGGCCGAUGCUUUUGAUAUUAAUCCACAUUCUGGGAGUAUCAUCACUCAGAAAGCCCUGGACUUUGAAGCCCUGCCCAUGUACACACUGACAGUACAAGGCACCAACAUGGCUGGCUUAUCGACUAACACCACGGUGCUGGUGCAUCUCCAGGAUGAGAACGACAACGCGCCCGUGUUCACGCAGGCAGAAUACACAGGACGCAUCAGCGAAUCAGCUUCCAUUAACAGCGUGGUCCUCACAGACAGGAACGUCCCCUUGGUGAUUCGGGCAACUGAUGCUGAUAAAGAAUCGAAUGCUUUGCUGGUUUAUCACAUCGUUGAACCAUCUGUACACAAAUAUUUUGCUAUUGACUCUAGCACUGGUGCAAUUCGCACAGUACUCAGUUUGGACUAUGAAGAAACGAGUACCUUCCACUUUACCGUGCAGGUGCAUGACAUGGGAACACCGCGUUUGUUUGCGGAAUAUGCAGCUAACGUGACCAUACACGUGAUUGACAUUAAUGACUGCCCCCCAGUGUUCUCCAAGUCGUUGUACGAAGCUUCCCUCUUGCUGCCGACAUACAGAGGAGUGAAAGUCCUCACAGUCAAUGCGACCGAUGCCGACUCGAGAGCCUUCUCGCAGCUAAUGUACUCCAUCACGGACGGCAACAUCGGGGAGAAGUUCUGGAUGGACCACAAGACUGGUUCCAUUACGGUGCAAAACACGACUCAGUUAAGGAGCCGCUAUGAGUUAGCCAUCCGAGCCUCUGACGGCAGAUUUGCAAGCUUUUCCUCUGUGAAAAUCAAUGUGAAAGAAAGCAAAGAAAGUCAACUGAAGUUCACGCAAGAUGUCUACUCCGCAGUUGUGAAAGAGAAUUCCACUGAAGCCAGAAUGUUAGCUGUCAUCACUGCUGUCGGGAAUCCAAUCAACGAGCCUUUGUUCUACCGCAUCCUCAACCCAGAUCGCAGGUUCAAAAUAAGUCGCACUUCGGGUGUUCUCUCGACCACGGGGAUACCAUUUGAUCGGGAACAGCAGGAGGCAUUUGAUGUGGUCGUCGAAGUGACACAAGAACAUAAGCCUGCAGCAGUGUCCCAUGUCCUUGUGAAGGUCAUCAUUGAAGACCAAAAUGACAAUGCACCUGUGUUUGUCAACCUUCCUUACUACGCUGUUGUUAAGGUGGACGCGGCGGUGGGCCACAUUAUUCGCCACGUUACCGCCGUGGACAGAGAUAGUGGCAGAAAUGGUGAAGUGCAUUACUACCUUAAGGAACAUCACGAGCACUUUCAAAUCGGGUCCUCAGGUGAAAUUUCACUGAAAAAGCCAUUUGAACCUGACACCUUAAAUAAACAAUAUCUGGUCACAGUGGUGGCAAAAGAUGGAGGAAACCCAGCCUUUUCGGCUGAAGUUCUAGUUCCCAUCACUGUGAUGAACAGGGCCAUGCCCGUGUUCGAAAAGCCUUUCUACAGUGCAGAGAUCCCAGAGAAUAUCCAGAUGCACAGCCCCGUCGUCCACAUCCAGGCCAACAGUCCGGAAGGGCUGAAAGUCUUCUACAGCAUCACAGACGGGGAUCCUUUUAGCCAGUUUACCGUUAACUUCAACACGGGAGUCAUCAACGUCGUAGCUCCUCUGGACUUCGAGUCUCACCCAGCCUACAAGCUGAGCGUGCGCGCCACCGACUCCUUGACCGGCGCUCACGCUGAGGUGUUUGUGGACAUAAUAGUGGAGGACAUCAAUGAUAACCCUCCUGCGUUUGUGCAGCAGUCUUACGCCGUGACCCUGUCCGAGGCAUCUGUCAUUGGAACCUCCGUUGUUCAGAUUAGAGCGACCGAUUCGGACUCGGAACCUAACAGAGGGAUUUCUUACCACCUGUCUGGCAACCACAGCAAGAGCCACGACCACUUUCACAUCGACAGCAGCACUGGUCUCAUUUCACUGGUCAGGACUUUGGACUAUGAGCAGGUCCAUCAGCACAAGAUUUCCGUGAGGGCUAUUGACGGGGGCAUGCCCCCGCUGAGCAGUGAUGUGAUCGUCACAGUGGAUGUCACGGACCUCAAUGACAACCCGCCGCUGUUUGACCAGCAGAUUUAUGAGGCCAGAAUCAGCGAGCAUGCCACGCACGGGCACUUUGUGGCCUGUGUCAAAGCCUAUGAUGCGGACAGCUCAGACAUCGGCACGUUGGAAUACUCCAUUCUGUCUGGCAACGAUCAUAAGAACUUUGUGAUGGACAGUGAGACGGGGAUUAUCACACUCUCCAACCUCCGCCGACACACCUUGAAGCCAUUUUCCAGCCUUAACAUUUCUGUCUCGGAUGGAGUCUUUAGAAGUUCAGCUCAGGUUCACGUAACUGUAAUUGGAGGCAAUUUGCACAGCCCUGUUUUCCCUCAGAACGAAUAUGAAGUGGAGCUCGCUGAAAACGCCCCUUUACACACCCUGGUAAUUGAGGUUAAAGCAACUGAUGGGGAUUCUGGUGUUUACGGCGACGUUACGUACCAUAUUGUGAAUGACUUCGCUAAAGACAGAUUUUACACAAAUGAGAGGGGACAGAUAUUUACUUUGGAAAAACUCGAUCGCGAGAUCCCAGCGGAGAAAGUCAUCGCAGUUCGUUUAAUGGCUAAGGAUGCCGGAGGGAAAGUUGCUUUCUGUACCAUUAACGUCAUCCUUACCGAUGACAAUGAUAACGCGCCACAAUUUCGAGCAACCAAGUAUGAAGUAAACAUCGGGUCCAAUGCUCCCAAAGGGACAUCCGUCAUUAAAGUUCUCGCAAGUGAUGCCGAUGAGGGGUCCAAUGCCGAUGUCACCUAUGCCAUUGAAGCAGAUUCUGAAAGCGUGAAAGAGAACUUGGAAAUUAACAAACUGUCUGGCAUAAUUACUACAAAGGAGAGCUUAAUUGGCUUGGAAGAUGAGUUCUUCACUUUCUUUGUUAGAGCUGUGGAUAAUGGGUCUCCGCCGAAAGAGUCUGUUGUCCCCGUCUACAUGAAAAUCCUCCCGCCAGAAACGCAGCUUCCGAAAUUUUCAGAGCCGUUCUACACCUACACGGUUUCAGAAGACAUGCCCAUUGGAACGGAAAUCGAUGUCCUUCGAGCGGAACACAGCGGGAGUGUCCUUUACAGCCUCGUCAAAGGGAAUACUCCCGAAAGCAAUAGGGAUGAGUUCUUCGUGAUCGACAGACAGAGUGGGAAACUGAAACUGGAAAAGGCUCUCGACCACGAGACGACGAAGUGGUAUCAGUUUUCCGUACUUGCCAGGUGCACUCAUGAGGACGAUGAGGUGGUGGCUUCUGUGGAUGUCAGUAUCCAGGUGAAAGAUGCAAAUGAUAACAGCCCUGUCUUGGAGUCCAACCCGUACGAGGCAUUUAUUGUUGAAAACCAGCCAGGGGGCAGUCGAGUCAUCCAGAUCCGGGCGUCCGAUCUGGACUCAGGGACCAACGGCCAGGUGAUGUACAGCCUAGAUCCAUCGCAAAGUGUAGAAGUCACCGAAUCUUUUGCCAUCAACAUGGAAACUGGCUGGAUCACAACCCUAAAGGAGCUCGACCAUGAAAAGAGAGACAAUUACCAGAUCAAAGUGGUCGCGUCGGAUCAUGGUGAGAAGGUUCAGCUGUCCUCCACAGCCAUCGUGGAUGUCACUGUCACUGAUGUCAAUGACAGUCCCCCACGCUUCACGGCGGAGAUCUAUAAAGGGACCGUGAGUGAAGAUGACCCACCAGGCGGUGUAAUUGCCAUUUUAAGUACCACAGAUGCUGAUUCAGAAGAAAUUAACAGACAAGUUACAUAUUACAUAACAGGAGGGGAUCCUUUGGGGCAGUUUGCUGUUGAAAAUAUACAGAAUGAGUGGAAGGUCUAUGUGAAGAAACCUCUGGAUAGGGAAAAAAGGGACAAUUAUCUUCUGACGAUCACAGCAACGGAUGGGACCUUCUCAUCAAAAGCAAUAGUUGAAGUGAAAGUUCUUGAUGCAAAUGACAACAGUCCAGUUUGUGAAAAGACAUUCUAUUCAGACACGAUUCCAGAAGACGCCUUUCCUGGGAAACUGAUCAUGCAGGUCUCUGCUACGGACGCAGACAUCCGUUCCAACGCCGAAAUUACUUACACGUUAUUUGGGCCAGGUGCAGAAAAGUUCAAACUAAAUCCAGACACAGGUGAGCUGAAAACAUUAGCCCCCCUGGAUCGCGAGGAGCAAGCGGUUUAUCAUCUUCUAGUCAAGGCCACCGACGGCGGGGGGCGGUUCUGUCAAGCCAACAUUGUGCUCACGCUAGAAGACGUGAAUGAUAAUGCCCCCGAGUUCUCCGCCGAUCCUUACACCAUCACCGUGUUCGAGAACACAGAGCCCGGGACGCUGCUGACCAGAGUGCAGGCCACGGACGCCGAUGCAGGGCUGAACCGGAAGAUCGCCUACUCGCUGCUGGACUCUGCAGACGGGCAGUUCUCCAUCAACGAGUUAUCUGGAAUCAUCCAGCUGGAGAAGCCUCUGGACAGAGAGCUGCAAGCCGUGUACACCCUUACUCUGAAAGCCACGGACCAGGGUUUGCCGAGGAGGCUGACGGCGACCAGCACCGUUGUCGUGUCCGUUUUGGAUAUAAAUGACAACCCGCCUGUGUUUGAAUACCGCGAGUACAGUGCCUCGGUGUCGGAGGACAUGCUCGUUGGAACCGAAGUCCUCCAGGUGUACGCAGCCAGUCGGGACAUUGAAGCCAACGCCGAGAUCACCUACUCCAUAAUCAGUGGGAAUGAGCAUGGGAAAUUCAGCAUCAAUCCGAAAACAGGGGCCGUAUUUCUCAUCGAGAAUCUGGAUUACGAAAGCUCUCACGAGUAUUACCUGACUGUGGAAGCCACCGAUGGAGGCACACCUUCCCUGAGUGACGUCGCCACGGUGAACAUCAACGUGACAGACAUCAACGACAACACCCCGGUGUUCAGCCAAGACCCCUACACGGCGGUGAUCAGCGAAGAUGCCGUGCUCGAGCAGCCUGUCCUCACGGUUAUGGCUGAUGAUGCCGAUGGACCUUUGAACAGCCACAUCCACUAUUCAAUUAUAGACGGCAAUCAAGGAAGUCCAUUCACAAUUGACCCUGCCAGGGGAGAAGUGAGAGUGACCAAACUUCUGGACCGGGAAACAAUUUCAGGUUACACGCUGACGGUGCAGGCGUCUGACAACGGCAGCCCACCCAGAGCCAACACGACCACGGUGAACAUCGACGUGUCGGACGUCAACGACAACGCGCCGGUCUUCUCCAGGGAGAACUACAGCGUGAUCAUCCAGGAAAACAAGCCUGUGGGUUUCAGUGUGCUGCAACUGUUGGUAACGGACAAGGACUCUUCGCAUAACGGCCCCCCCUUCUUCUUCACUAUUGAGAGCGGAAAUGACGACAGCACCUUUGAGGUUAACCAGCGAGGGGUCCUCCUGACGUCAGCUGCCAUCGACAGGAAAGUGAAAGAUCAUUACUUACUGCGUGUGAAGGUGGCCGAUAAUGGAAAGCCGCCGUUGUCAUCUUUGACCUACAUUGACAUCAGGGUCAUCGAAGAGAGUGUCUAUCCUCCGGCCAUCCUGCCCUUAGAGAUUUUCAUCACUGCUUUUGGAGAGGAAUACUCAGGCGGCGUCAUUGGGAAGAUUCACGCAACAGACCAGGACGUGUACGACACUCUAACCUAUAGUCUGGACCCCCAGACGGACAGCCUCUUCUCCGUUUCCAGCACAGGGGGCAAGCUGAUCGCACACAAGAAGCUGGAUCUAGGGCAGUACCUGCUCAACGUCAGCGUGACGGACGGGAAGUUCACCACGGUGGCCGACAUCACCGUGCACGUCCGGCAGGUGACACAGGAGAUGCUGAACCACACCAUCGCCAUCCGCUUCGCCAACCUCACCCCGGAGGAGUUUGUUGGGGACUACUGGCGCAACUUCCAGCGCGCGCUCCGCAACGUCUUGGGUGUGAGGAGGAGCGACAUUCAGGUGGUGAGCCUGCAGCCCGCGGAGCCGCACCCCCACCUGGACGUCCUGCUGUUUGUGGAGAGAUCAGGAAGUGCCCAGGUGUCGACGAGGCAGCUCCUGCACAAGAUCAAUGCGUCCGUGGCCGACAUCGAGGAGAUCAUCGGUGUCCGGAUCCUGGAUGUGUUCCAGAGGCUCUGCUCGGGGCUGGACUGCCCGCGGAAAUUCUGUGACGAGAAAGUGUCUGUGGAUGAAAACGUGAUGUCCACACACAGCACGGCCAGGCUGAGUUUCGUGACUCCCCGCCACCGGAGGGCGGCUGUGUGUCUCUGCAAAGAGGGAAAAUGCCCGCUUAUCCAUCACGGAUGCGAAGACAGCCCGUGCCCAGAGGGGUCAGAAUGUGUCGCUGACCCCAGAGAGGAGAAGUACACCUGUGUCUGUCCAGGUGGCAAGUUGGGUCAGUGCCCAGGGAGCUCAUCUGUAACAUUUACCGGCAACAGCUUUGUGAAAUACCGUCUGAAGGAAAAUGAAAACAAAUUAGAGAUGAAACUGACCCUGCGGCUCAGAACGUACUCGGCCCACGCGGUGGUCAUGUACGCGCGGGGCACGGACUACAGCAUCCUGGAGAUCCACAACGGAAGGCUGCAGUACAAGUUCGACUGCGGGAGCGGCCCCGGCAUCGUGUCUGUGCAGAGCAUCCAAGUCAACGACGGGCUGUGGCACGCGGUGUCGCUGGAAGUGAACGGCAACUACGCUCGACUGGUCCUAGACCAGGUCCACACGGCGUCGGGCACGGCCCCGGGGACCCUGAAGACCCUGAACCUGGAUCACCACGUGUUCUUCGGUGGCCACGUGCGCCAGCAAGGCACGCGGCACGGAAGAAGCCCCCAAGUUGGGAACGGCUUCCGGGGUUGCAUGGACUCCAUUUAUCUGAACGGGCAGGAGCUCCCUUUAAACACCAAACCGAGGAGCUACGCCCACAUCGAGGAGUGGGUGGGGGUGUCCCCGGGGUGCUCGCUGACGGGCGCGGAGGACUGCUCCAGCAACCCCUGCCAGAACGGAGGCGUCUGCAGCCCCUCACCUGCUGGAGGGUAUCACUGCAGAUGCAGCGCCCCUUACAUGGGGACGUACUGUGAGGUGAGCGCCAACCCCUGCUCCUCCAACCCGUGCCUCUACGGCGGGACCUGCAUCGUGGACAACGGAGACUUCGUUUGCCAGUGCAGAGGACUGUAUACUGGUCAGAGGUGCCAGCUCAGCCCGUACUGCAAGGACCAGCCCUGCAAAAACGGCGGGACGUGCUUCGACAGCCUCGACGGCGCCGUCUGUCAGUGUGAUGCGGGCUUCCGUGGGGAAAGGUGCCAGAGCGACGUGGACGAGUGCGCCGGGAGCCCCUGCCGGAACGGGGCGCUCUGCGAGAACACGCACGGCUCCUACCACUGCAACUGCAGCCAGGAGUACCGAGGGAGGCACUGCGAGGACGCAGCACCCAACCAGUACGUGUCGACGCCGUGGAACAUCGGGCUGGCCGAGGGCGUGGGCAUCGUGGUCUUCGUCAUAGGGAUCUUCCUGCUGGCGGUGGUGUUUGUGCUCUGCCGCAAGAUGGUCGGCCGCAAGAAGAAGCAGAAGCACCAGGCCGAGCCCGGAGACAAGCACUUGGGACCGGCCGCCGCCUUCAUGCAGAGGCCGUACUUCGACGCGAAGCUCAACAAGAACGUCUACUCGGACAUCCCACCCCAGGUGCCUGUGCGCCCCAUCUCCUACACGCCGAGCAUUCCGAGUGACUCCAGGAACAACCUGGACCGGAAUUCCUUCGAGGGCUCUGCUAUCCCAGAGCACCCCGAGUUCAGCACCUUUAACCCCGAGUCCGUGCAUGGGCACCGGAAGGCCGUGGCCGUCUGCAGCGUCGCCCCAAACCUGCCACCCCCGCCGCCUUCCAACUCCCCGUCCGACAGCGACUCGAUCCAGAAGCCCAGCUGGGACUUCGACUACGACACGAAAGUGGUGGAUCUGGAUCCCUGCCUCUCCAAGAAGCCCCUGGAGGAGAAGCCCUCGCAGCCGUACAGCGCCCGGGAGAGCCUGUCCGAGGUGCAGUCCCUCAGCUCCUUCCAGUCCGAGUCGUGCGACGACAAUGAGUCUUUGGCUGCUCCCGACCUCAGCAAAUCAAGAGGCUACCACUGGGACACGUCGGACUGGAUGCCCAGCGUUCCCCUGCCAGACAUUCAGGAGUUCCCCAAUUACGAGGUCAUCGACGAGCAGACGCCCCUGUACUCCGCAGACCCCCAUUCCAUCGACACAGACUAUUACCCCGGGGGUUACGACAUCGAAAGCGACUUCCCGCCCCCGCCAGAGGACUUCCCCGUGCCCGACGAACUGCCCCCGCUGCCGCCCGAGUUCAGCGAGCAGUUCGAGUGCAUACACCCUCCCAGAGACAUGCCGGCCGCGGGCAGCUUGGGCUCGUCCUCCCGAAGCCGGCAGCGGUUUCACUUGAACCAGUAUCUGCCCAGUUUCUACCCCGUCGACGUGUCCGAAGCUCAGAAGGCCGGCCCCGGCGAGAGCGCCCCGUGCCGAGAACCCUACGCCCCCUACCCGCCCGGGUACCCGAGGAACUGCGAGGCGCCCGGCGCGGAGAGCGUGCCCCUGGCGGUGUACGCCUCCACCGCGUCCUGCUCCGACGUGUCCGCGUGCUGCGACGUGGAGUCCGAGGUGCUGAUGAGUGACUACGAGAGCGGAGACGACGGCCACUUCGAGGACGUGGCCGUCCCCCCGCUCGAUUUGCAGCAGCACACGGAAGUCUGACGCGCGCCCUGCCCCCGAAGUGCCUGGACCUGGCGAGCCCGCAGACGACAGAGACCCCGCGCGCCCCGGCGCGCCAGCCAUUUCCCCGUCCUGACCUACUGCCCUGGGAGGAGGUGUCCGGUGGCUGUGCCAUUUCUGAACAGGUUUUUGUAUUUACGUUCGUCCGUGUUAAAAGAAUGAAACGCAAAUCGGUCCUUACCAUCUUGUUAGCAUGACUCAUGUAUUUAUAUAGAUUUGAUUAUUUUAAAUUUCCUGUCCCUUUUUUUUUGUAAAUGUUAUGUACAGAUUUGAUUUUUCAUAGUUUUAACUCUGUUUUCCUGAUGUUUUGUGGGUUUUUCUUUUCUUUUUUUUUUUACCGAAUUUGGGUGGUGUUAGAGUCAUUUUACCUAGCACCUUGAUCUUUUUACUAUAACCAGGGUUUCACUGUAUGUCCUUUUUCACUGAAGUUUGACAUUUCAUUCAUACAAUGCAAUGUAGUCAUUCAUUUCUAGUUGUACAUAGGAUGAGCAGAGAUCUGAUCCAUGACAUGUCUUAAAUGGGUUGUUGUAUUUUAGAAUUACGGACAUUUUUCAUUAUUGGAAAGUGUAACGGGGACCUUCUGCACACCGGUUUAGAACCCAGACCAUCACGACACAGUUUUUAUAGUGUCUGUAUAUUUGUGAUGCAACGGUCUUGUAAAGGUUUUUACUGAGAACUACCAUUAGCCAGUCUUUCUUACUGACAAUAAAUUAUUAAUAAAAUACUGUA